CGACUGGGACGGGCGGAGGGAUUGCGAGUGUGAGCAGACGCGGAGCGGCCGCCAUCGGCCGCUGAGCCCGAACGAAGCCCCGAGCCGGGAUCCGGCGGGUGGCAGUCGGUAGAGUUAACCCCUCUCUCUCUCCUCCUCCCUCCCGACUUCUCCUCGCCCUCGUCCCCCGCAACCCCGGGAGUCAAACCCACCGCCAACGGAACCGGAGGUGAGGAAGGGGCCCCGCCUUACCGGCCGAGCGAACGACGUGCGGGGGAGGGGGCGGACUCCGACGGAUGCCGCGGCCGGAGCGGCGGCUGAUGACCCCGGAGUGACCCCCUCCCUCCUACCCACCCCACUGUGCGCGUACCCGCGCCCGUGACGUAAGCUCCCCUCCCCCUCGCGUGGACCCCCCCCACCCCACGGGGUCGCCAGAUGUCGGAGUUCGAGGAGUUCGUGGCGCCGCCCGAGUGCCCGGUGUUCGAGCCGAGCUGGGAGGAGUUCGCCGACCCGCUCGGCUACAUCGCCAAGAUCCGGCCGGUGGCCGAGCGCAGCGGCAUCUGCAAGAUCAGGCCGCCCCUGGACUGGCAGCCUCCUUUCGCGGUUGAGGUCGACAACUUCAAGUUCACACCCCGGAUUCAGCGGCUGAACGAGUUGGAGGCUCAGACCCGGGUAAAAUUAAACUUCCUGGACCAGAUCGCCAAGUUCUGGGAGCUGCAGGGAUCCACAUUAAAGAUUCCCAAUGUGGAGCGACGAAUGCUGGACUUGUACAGUCUUAACAAGAUUGUCCUGGACGAAGGAGGUUACGAGGCCAUCUGCCGGGACAGGCGGUGGUCAAGAGUGGCCCAGCGUCUGGGUUAUCCCCCGGGGAAAGGCAUCGGCUCCCUGCUUCGCUCCCACUACGAGAGGGUCAUCUACCCCUUCUACACCUUCCAGUCUGGAGCCAGUCUAGCGUGCCAGCCGGGGCCACAGUAUGACAGCGAGGAGAAGGACCGGGAGUAUAAGCCGCACAGCAUCCCCCUGCGCCAGUCCGUGCAGCCCAACAAGAUGAACAGCUAUGGGCGCCGUGCCAAGCGGCUACAGACUGAGACCGAACCUACCGAGGCGGACAUUGCCAAGAACCCGGAGCUCAAGAAGCUGCAGAUUUACGGAGCUGGCCCCAAAAUGGUGGGGCUGGGGCUGGUGGUGAAAGAUCGAGGCAGCAGGAAGAGAGACAAGGACUGCCUGGACUGCCCGCCCACGCUGGUGGUGAAGGAAGAGAACGUGGUGGAUCCCAAGGUGGAAACCUGCGCCCUGGAGCUCUGUGCGCAGGUGAAGGAGGAGCGGUCGGGGGGAGAGCCUGCUGGGAAGAUGACCAUGCGGCUGAGAAAGGGAGCUGCUACCUUGCAGCAUGUGGAAUCGUACAUCUGUGUCAUCUGCUCCCGUGGUGCUGAGGAUUCCAAGAUGGUGCUGUGCGAAGGAUGUGAGGAUAGCUACCAUACCUACUGCCUCAUUCCCCCGCUGCCCGAGAUCCCACGAGGAGACUGGCGCUGUCCAAAGUGUGUCGUUGAAGAGUGUAAAAAACCGGCAGAGGCUUUCGGCUUUGAACAGGCAACGAGGGAGUAUACCCUACAGAGCUUCGGAGAGAUGGCCGACAGCUUCAAAUCCGAUUACUUCAACAUGCCCGCUCACAUGGUGCCCACUGAGUUGGUGGAGAAGGAGUUCUGGCGGUUGGUCAGCAGCAUCGAGGAGGACGUCACGGUGGAGUACGGGGCCGAUAUCCAUUCCAAGGAAUUUGGCAGCGGCUUCCCCACCAAGGGCGGCAGGCGACAACUGGCCCCAGAGGAGGAGCAGUACACGGCGUGUGGCUGGAACCUGAAUGUGAUGCCGGUGCUGGAGCAGUCGGUCCUGUGCCAUAUCAACGCCGACAUCUCUGGCAUGAAGGUGCCCUGGCUCUACGUGGGCAUGUGCUUCGCUGCUUUCUGCUGGCACAUCGAAGAUCAUUGGAGCUACUCCAUCAACUACCUGCACUGGGGAGAGCCCAAGACGUGGUAUGGUGUGCCAGCGUACGCAGCUGAGCAGCUGGAGGCCGUGAUGAAGAAGCUGACGCCAGAGCUGUUCGAGAGCCAGCCCGACCUCCUGCACCAGCUGGUCACCAUCAUGAACCCCAACAUCCUGAUGUCCCAUGGAGUGCCCGUGGUAAGGACCAACCAGUGUGCGGGAGAGUUCGUCAUUACCUUCCCCAGGGCUUAUCACAGCGGCUUCAACCAAGGAUACAACUUUGCAGAAGCUGUCAACUUCUGUACGGCGGACUGGCUGCCAGCUGGGCGCCGCUGCAUCGAGCACUACCGCUGGCUCCGAAGGUACUGCGUGUUUUCCCACGAGGAGCUGAUCUGCAAGAUGGCGGCCUGCUCCGAGAAGCUGGACCUGGGGCUGGCUGCGGCUGUCCACAAGGAGAUGUUCAUCAUGGUUCAGGAGGAACGGAAACUCAGGAAGGCCCUGCUCGAGAAGGGUAUCACGGAGGCAGAGAGGGAGGCGUUUGAGUUACUGCCUGACGACGAGAGGCAGUGUGACAAGUGUAAGACCACCUGCUUCCUGUCGGCCCUGGCCUGUUACAACUGCCUGGAGAGGCUGGUUUGUCUCUACCACAUCGAUGAUCUGUGUGGCUGCCCACCCAACCGGCAUUACCUGAGGUACCGGUACACCCUGGACGAGUUGCCAGCCAUGUUACACAAGCUGAAGAUCCGGGCAGAGUCCUUCGACACGUGGGGGGCCAAAGUGAGAGCAGCGCUGGAGCCGGACACCAAGCAGAGGAGAACACUGGAGGAGCUGAGGGCACUGGUGUCGGAGGCGAAGGAGCGGAAAUACCCUGACAGCAGCCUGCUGCAGCAGCUGAAGAGCAGCGUGGAGGAGACAGAGAAGUGCAUCGCCGAGAUCCUGCAGCUGGUUCCCAGCAAGAAGGGCGUCAGGUCCCAGACGGACGGUGCCCAGUCCCCGGCCCGGAUGACUGUGGAGGGGUUGCGGACAUUCAUCGAGCAUCUGCACAGCCUGCCGUGCGCCGUCAGUGAAAUCCGCGAUGUACAGGGGUUACUCGAGGAGGCCGAGGCCUUGCAGGCAGAGGUGAAGACGGCCCUGAGGGAGCUGCCAACGGGCUCGCGAGGGCUCCGGGACCUGAUGGAGCGGGGAAGGUGGCUGCCACUGGAGCUGCCCGAGCUGACCCGACUGAGGCAGGAGACGCAGCAGGCUGAGUGGCUGGGCGAGGUGCGGCAGACGCUGGCAGGCCGCGGGCAGGUGACGCUGGACCAGCUGAGGCCGCUCAUCGAGUCGGGCUCACGGCUGAAGCCGCAGCCGGCUGUGGAGAAGGCCAUGGUGGAGCUGCAGGAGCUGGUGACCAUCUCGGAGCGGUGGGAGGAGAAGGCUGUGAUAUGCCUGGAGGCCAGGCAGAAGCACCCGGCGGCCACGCUUGAAGCCAUAAUAAAGGAGGCAGAGCAUAUUCCAGUGGAACUGCCCAAAGUACUGGCCCUGAAGGAGGCGCUGUCCAAAGCCAAGGCCUGGAUCGCGGACGUCGAGGAGAUUCAGAAUGGAGACCACUACCCAUGCCUGGACGACCUGGAGGGGCUGGUGGCGGUAGGGCGCGACCUGCCUGUUCGCAUGGAAGAACUACCUCAGCUGGAGAGCCAGGUAGCAGCUGCCCACUCCUGGAGAGAGAAGGCCACCAGGACCUUUCUCAAGAGGAAUUCCUGCUACACGCUCCUGGAGGUUCUGUGCCCUUGUGCUGAUGUUGGGUCGGACAAUGUCAGGAGAUCCAAGUGGAAGAAAGCCAAGGAGAAUCUACUAGAUAAAGCGGACACCGACGGCCUGGGAUUAUCCGCGCAGGACAUACGGGAUCCCGGAUCCAUUAUCCUAGCGUUCCGGGAGGCAGAGCAGAAGGAAAAGGAGGGCAUCCGUGCGCUGCGGCGGAGGAAUGCGGCGGGACAGGGGGCCUCAGCCUGCAUGUGCGGGGAGGGGGCUGGUGAGGUGGCGCUGCAGUGCGAGCUGUGUGGCGGCCGCUACCACGGGACCUGCGUCUCCCCGGGGCGCUCGUCGCCCAGCUGGCGGGACGGCCAGGCCCGGUUCCUGUGCCCGCUGUGCCAGCGCUCGCGGCGGCCCCGCCUCCAGCUCAUCCUCUCGCUGCUGGUGGCCUUGCAGAGGUUGCCGGUGCGCCUGCCCGAGGGGGAGGCCCUCCAGUGCCUGACCGAGAGGGCCAUCCGGUGGCAGGACCGGGCUCGGCGGGCGCUCGCCUCCCGCGAGGUGGGCGCCGCCCUGGAGAGGCUGCAGGGGCAGCGGGUACGCACCGGGGCACAGACCCGACAGACUGACGAGCAGAAGCCUGAGGCCGGGGAGGUGGCAAGAGACAGCACAACUGUCAGUACCACAGAAACUCCAGUGCUGUCCUCUCCGUCCUCCCGCCGGACGUGUACAGGUACGGAGGAGCUGCGGCCCAACAGCCCCGCCGUCGAGCUGUCAGAGAUGGUCCAGCAGCAGUUGGAGGAGCUGAUGGUGGAUGGGGACCUGCUGGAGGUGACGCUGGACGAAAGCCACAAUAUCUGGAGGGUCCUCCACUCUGUACGCUCCCCUCCCCGUGAACAGAUCCAGUCUCUGCUGCAGAAACUCGAGAGCAAGCUGGCCAAGCUGCGGGGGAAGGACUCGCCGGAGAAGCGACGCAAAAGGAAACCGGAGAAGGACGACACCGUCCCACCGGAGGAAGCAGAGCCAGGGGAGCAGAAACGGCCCAAGGCAGAGACAGGAGGGGAGGGUGGGGCAGAGCCCCAGGGAGGCAACUUUGGGACAUCACCAAGUCCUGUCACACACAACGGAGUGGAGCAUUUAUGAUCGGAGGCUACCCAAGAGACUAUGAACUCGAGUUGGACCAGGGCUAUUCGGCCCCGCCCAUCAGGAGCAUUUUUUUUCUGGGACAGGGAUUUUGGGGAGGGUGGGGUGGAGUGAGGGAGGGGUGGGGGAACCACGGUGUCAAGGACGCCAACCGCAAGCAGAUUCCGCUGAUGGACGGGCACGAGGAGGUCGAUUGUGUGGCCGGAAGUAGAGAGACUGGAGCUCAAGGACUCUCAGGCAACAUCUCUCCUUUGUUUUUCCCAACCCCCCCACCCCCAACCCCACCAUCCAGGGCAAAGAGGAACAAGACAGGAGGGUGGGUGUGCUGCGGCUUGCUUCCACCCCAAAUGACUUGAACUGUUUCAAAGAGGAUUUGCCUGGCCAACUUCUGUCAUCCAACCGUGUCUGUGUCUAUAUCUGUGUGUGUGUGUGUGUGUGUGUGUAUACGAGAGGGAGGGUGAGGGGAGCCGACAGGAGAAUUGCGCCAAUCGGAAACCUCCCUCCUUCACCUUGGAGUUCCCAUUUCCAAGGGAGAAAGAAAGUCGUGGCUCUUGCAGCGACAGGACAAUUUUAUUUCCCUUGACGUUCACCGUCCCGGACAGGAGUGGCAGGAGCGUGUGCCCAGAUAUUUAAUUCCUUGCAGAGAGCCUCAGGGUGUUUGUGAAGUCCGUGAGUGCUUGUUGCAGCCCCCCCCCCCCCCCCACCCCUGGCAUUUCUCUCCUCCUCAUCCCCCCUUCCACUUCAGGGUUUAGUGUGCAUACUGGUACUGUCCAAAAGCCAAGAGGUUCCCAGGUGCAUCCACUGUGAUUAGGACAGGAACCCAUUUCUCUCUCUGCAAGACCUCUUUUUUUAUUUAAAAAGGGUUUUUUUUUUAAAAAAAGAAGACGCCUCUGUUUGUAAAGUACUCGCGCAGUCCGUCUUGUGUAUAUAGUGUCGGCUGCACAUUGUACAUUCUUCGUGACGGCUGGUUGUGGGGCCAGCAUGCAUGCACGCACGCACACGCACACACACACACAAACACACACGGGGUAGUGUUAGUUCCGCCUUGACCAGCUCGCCUGCAUUCUCCCCUGCUCCCAUCCUCCCUUAAAGGUGCACUUGCCUACACCAAGCAGGACUGUGGCAAAGGACUGCCGAGUGGGAGGCGGCUGGGGUGGAGCGGGAAGCCCAUGGCAGGGCUGUAGAGAAGCUGUGGAUUCAUUCCCCAUUUCAACCCCUCCCCUCCUCGAUUCAGAAUCCCUCACUCCCCUCCCAACCAAAGCCCCUACCUCUUCCCUUGCCCCUCCUGACAGACUUUCUUAAAACAUUGUAAUUAAUAUUCCAAGUGUAAGUAAUUUGUUAUAACUAUUUUUUUUUCCUUUUAUGCCUUUUUUUGUCUAUUUCAGGGUCCCGCUAGAAAUAAAAGUUUAGAGAUGUGUUUAAAAAAAAGA